AUGCUGCGCCGCGUCGCGAUGGCGGCGCGAGCCCCCGCGCGGCGCCAGGCACGCCGCCUGACGUCGGUCACGCCCAUCGAGUUGAAACGCAGGCACCUGCCUGGUCCCGCCGGUGCGGCGGAGCCGCCGCUCGUGCUCGUGCACGGCAUCUUUGGGAUGGGAAACAAUUUUGCGACGGUCGGGCGGAAGCUUGCGGCGCGGCGCGAGGUGGUGCUCGUCGACCUGCGCAACCACGGCGGCAGCCCGUGGCACGACGACGCCUCGUUUGAGGCCAUGCGUGCCGACAUGGAGGGCGUCCUCGAGUCGAUCGGGCGACCUGUGAGCCUGUGCGGCCACUCGCUCGGCGGCAAGGUGGCCAUGCUGACGGCGCUGCAGCGGCCCGACCUCGUCGCGCGCCUGUGCGUCGCCGACAUCGCGCCGGUCCGAUACGAGAUGGAGGCAAACCGGGCCAUCAUCGAGGCGCUGCUCGCCGUGCCCGAGACGGCGCUCGGCGACCGGAAGGAGGUGGAUUCGGCGCUCGCGGCGAGCGAGACAGCCAUCGCGCAGGGAGGGGGCGGGCUCGGCAACCCCUUCGUGCGUGGCUUCCUGCUGCAGAGCCUGCAGCCCGAAACGCGCAGCUGGCGCCUGAACUUGCGCGCGCUGCUCGGGAGCUACGAGGCGCUGCGCGGCUUCCCCGCGCCCGCCGGGUCGAGGGCCGAGAUGCCGGCGCUCUUCAUCGGGGGCGCGAACGGCGGCAUGCUCCAGCCGAAGCACCUUCCUGCGUGCGAGGCCCUCUUCCCCAACGCGCGCCUCGAGAUGGUGGCCACCGGCCACUUUGUGCACUCGGAGGCGCCGGCCACGUUUGUAGAGCUGGUGGACCGUUUCUGCGCCGAAGGCUGA